AUGCCUCGGCUGCGGGGUGAGUUGUUUAUCGUUCUUUUUGUACAGUUUGUCUCUGCUGAAUUUCCAUUAUGCUUGAGGGAGCGGAUUGGCCGUGAGAGCACGCAGCAGGCAGCUAGCUGGGCGACAGAGCAUCCAGACGGUACCCUACUUCGACUCAGCGUUCGUUCUGGACCCAAAGUGAAACAGUCACUGCUGACUAACAAGUCCGAGCUGCGACGCGUCGCAACUGCUGGCUUUGUUUGUAUUGAUCUCGCUCCAUCGCGCAAUACAGAGCGCAAAGCUCAGAUUAUGCAUAUUAGGAUUGCUUUGCAACACAGAAAAGAGGCUCACAGUGCCAUCUUUGGCUUCAGAAUUCUAAGGCCAACCUGUAGAAAUUCCUUUGGACACAUGCCAUUGCCGGGUAGAUUCAACUGGAAUCGAAAGCAACCUAAGCUUCCCUGUCGGUCCGAGAGUCGCGUUGCCUCAUGUUGCCUCGUCACAUGA